CAGCCAGUGAGUUUACUGGAGCUAAUUCACAAGAGUAAUAAUAAUGAAUGGUACACAUGAUGUGGAUGAUGAUGACCAACUUCUUAAUUAUGCAAUUCAGUUAAGCCUCCAGGAAUCUUGCAGCAGUGAUUUAAAAGGAAGUAUUGAAAAUCAAAAGAUUUUGGAUGCAAUCAAAAGAGGUGACCUGUUUACACUGCAGAAGAUGUCUGACCACCCAGCUGCGUUUACUGAGAUGGAUGCCAAAGGAUGGUACCCACUCCACAGGGCAUCGGUACAACAGUCAGUUCAAGUGCUGGAGUUAGUGAUUUUUGCUUCUUACAGGCUAACCAUUGAGCAGGAAACAGCAGAUGGAGAGACUUCUUUGACCCUGGCUGCUCAAGCAGGAUUCGUAGAGAUAGUCAGGAGUUUGCUGAACAAUGGAGCUUCACCUCACAAAACCAAUAGCAAGAACGAGUCUCCGUUACUACUGGCCAUAAGGACAAAUGCUUAUGAUAUCGCUUUAGCACUUCUAACAAGAGGUGCAAUGGUGAACCAGGUCUGUCUGAAAAAGUGGACAGCCAUGCACGAGGCUGCUAAAUUGGGCUGCACUGAAAUACUGAAGCUUUUACUGCAAUAUGGAGGCCUGAUCUCAGAGACAGAUCCUCAUGGGGUGAGCCCAAUUGGCAUAGCAGCAGAAUAUGCCCAGACGGAAGUUUUAGAAAUUCUCAUAAACAGCGGUGGUGAUGUAAAUGCCCAGGCCACCAAUGGUGACACUGUUCUAUAUGACGCUGCUGGAUCUGGUAAUCCUGAUUGUAUAGACCUUCUUCUUCAAAAUGGGGCCAAUCCCAAUAUCGCCAGCCUUGCCUCACAGCUUCCUAUACACCGAGCUGCCUAUGAAGGGCACUACCUGGCACUGAGGAUGUUGAUCCCUGUCACUACAAGAAGAGCGAUUCGGCUUUCUGGCCAGAGUCCAGUUCACUCAGCUGCAGAUGGUGGACAUGCCCAGUGCCUUGAGCUGCUCCUGGAGCUGGGUUUUGAUGUCAACACCUUGCUAGACGAGCAUAUAUCUGAAAAUUAUGGAGAUUUAAGAAUGAGUGCACUGUACUUUGCUGCCUGCAAUGGAGAUGUUACAUGUACUGAGAUGCUGCUAAACGCUGGUGCUAAACCUGACCUGGAUCCCCUGAGGUGUCUCCUGGUAGUAGUGAGGGCCGGAAGGUAUGAGAUAGUCAGACUUCUCCUGGCCAGUGGAGCAGACGUGAACUGCUAUUUCACAGUAGUAAAUGACACAGUGUUUCCCACUGCACUACAGUACUGCUUCAGGGAUGAAAUGAUGAUGCGAAUGCUUCUGAACAGUGGAUAUGACGCAGAAAGAUGCUUCUCCUGCCAUCAUGACACAUGGGUUCAUAACUCGAACAAUUUGAAUGAAAAGAUUCCUUUUUGUGAAUUUGUCAGUGUCUCAUGGAUGGUAGAGUGCGCUGGAAGAGCUGUGCGGGUUCUUCUGGACUACGUUGGCUAUGUUCCCAUCUGUUCAAAACUGAAAAUGGUUCUGGAGAAGAAUAAAGAAUGGCCUGAAAUUUCUGACAUUUUAGGCAAUCCUCGAUCACUGAAGCACAUGUGCAGGCUAAUAAUCAGAAGAAAGAUGACUCCAAAGAGACUGGGCAACCCUGACUUUAUCACCUCUGCUCCUUUCCCACCUGGACUUAAGAGCUAUUUAAUGUAUAAGGAAUAUGAUAUGUAUGGCAGUAUUUUAUGCAGAGAUUAAAAAGUGUAUAGGAAAAAGACAGAUGAAUAACUACAGAUACCUUGUAUUGUAUAUGCACUGUCCUUAUGUUGCUGCAGCAAAGCAAAUUUUCACUUUGUGUUGUACAAAAAAAUAAGUAUUUGGAAUAUGUACAGAGAAUAUGUAUGUGACUAUAAUCAGUUCAAGAUUUUGAAAGGAAAGUAUUCAGAAUACAGGUACUGAUACUGUAAUUUUGUCUGACUAAUACCUCUAGUAGUAACUGUUUUAGGGAAAAACUACACCUUAUAAAUGUCUUUGCUUAUUUGUACUUGAUUUCAGUAAUAUUGCAAUUUUAUGUUAACAAUCAAAUAAUUUUCAAACAAAAAUGGGGACGUUUCAGUGCAAACAGGAGACUUAGUGAAAAGAUGACUCAAAAAAGACUGGGCAACUCCGACAUCACCACAUCAGAACGUUUUCCGCUUAAUGUGUAAUGUACCUGUAGCGAUGUAUGUACAGAUGAAUGUUUUGUACAAACCUUACUUCUGGAAAAGAUGGGACAU